AUGUCUGGCCGCGGCAAGCAGGGUGGCAAGGCGCGCGCCAAGGCCAAGUCCCGCUCCUCGCGCGCGGGCCUACAGUUCCCUGUGGGCCGCGUGCACCGGCUGCUGCGCAAGGGCAACUACUCAGAGCGCGUGGGAGCCGGCGCACCGGUGUACCUGGCUGCCGUACUCGAGUACCUGACGGCCGAGAUCCUGGAGCUGGCGGGCAACGCGGCCCGUGACAACAAGAAGACGCGAAUCAUCCCCCGCCACCUGCAGUUGGCCAUCCGCAACGACGAGGAGCUCAACAAGCUGCUGGGCCGCGUGACCAUUGCGCAGGGUGGCGUCCUGCCCAACAUCCAGGCGGUGCUUCUGCCCAAGAAGACAGAGAGUCACCACAAAGCCAAGGGCAAGUGAGGCCCUGCCGCCUGUGCGCCCCCCGUGGACACCAAAGGCUCUUUUCAGAGCCACCACUGAUUCUAGAAAAGAGCCGCUUUGAGCUCGCAGCCUUUUGGCCUGGGGCGGGGUCCCCUUGGAUUCCUUUAAGAGCAUUAGUGCGCUUUAGUCAAAGCAAAGGGCUCAAACUGGGACCAUGGCCCAAGGGAGGGACACGCACGUGCGCGAGGUGGGCGAUGGGCUUCUGCUAGAGGCCGGGAAAACCGCCGGACCUGUCCAUUUGCUUGCGAAUACAAUCUCAAACUCGUGGGGCUUUCUCCUCUCCUUAAGUGUCCCCAGAAUUACCAAUGACAGGUACUUGGGAUUCCAAAAAAGUCAAGAUUGCGUUUUUUUCUCCUAGGGACAAUUGGGUCAGUUCAUCUGAUAUUAAGUGUAUUACACCUUAAUAAAAUUUGCCAUUUGGAAUUCUGAUAGGUGAAUCUUGGGGUUUCCACUUGGAACGAGAGUGAACCAGUUAAAAUAGAUAAAUUUUAACAAAACAAAGUCCACCAAAAUCAGGAUCUAAUUGAACUGGGAUUUCAAAAGGUUUUGGUAAAGGGUUUGUUUGCUAGACCUGUUCUCAAUACUUGAAAAGAACCAAGUUGUUGGUCUUAAAGGAUGUGUAAACAUUUUUAAGGUUUAUUCAUGAAUGGGUAAAAGGAAUUAAGUUUUAUUUUAAAUCUGAGUUGGUCAAACGUUGAAGAUUCACUUUUGCUUAAGUCAGAACAAAAUUUGUACACUGAAUUAGGUUUCUGAGUUUAGCAUAUUUAAAUUUACAUUUUAAUAAACAGCAAAUUAAAACUGCUAGUGACAGAUAAAGUAGCACUUGUGUGGACUUUUUGGAAGAUUACUUCAUUAUCUCCACUCUUUAUUAAAAAGGAGGACUGGAAAGCUCCAAGCAAAUUGGACAGAAAUGGCCAUUCUAAUAGCACCUACCUAAUAGAGGGGACUAGGUGAGCUCUGUCAUGAUCUAUCAGGAUCCCUUGAAUGAUGCGUGCCACAAAAAUCAAAGCUCAAUAAAUGGUACCUUUUUUUCCUUGUUA